GCACCACGCUCGGCUAAUCUCGCUGCAAUUCGCUCUAGCCUGCGAGAUUAGCCUCUCGUCCGCAGCACCUUCCUCUUCCAGCUCCAGCAGUAUACUUUUCUAUACUUGCACUUCUCGCCAUAUAUAAUUCCUGGCCAACGAGUUUCAGUCGAGCUGUGGAAGUGAGAGGACGAGAGCGAGCGAAAAGGCCAACAGGCAGGACGCUUUCAGUCCAAGUGAGUGAGUGCGUCGGCGAACACCUCGCAGGUGCACCGGGAUGGAGAGCUCCCUUCAAAGCCGUGAUGUGGCCGGGGUGCACGAUUUUGUUCUGCUCGAGAACUACGGCAACGAGGAUGCGUUCAUUGACAACUUGAAGAAAAGGUUCAACACAGACUUGAUUUACACGUACAUCGGACCGGUGUUGGUUUCGGUGAACCCAUACAAGAAUAUUCCCAUCUACACGGAUGAUGUGAUCAAGACUUAUUGCAACAUUCACUACUUUGAAGCCAUUCCGCACAUAUAUGCAGUGACUGACACGGCCUACCGAGCGCUCAAGGAGGAGAACAGGGACCAGUGUAUCCUCAUUUCAGGUGAGUCGGGCGCAGGAAAAACUGAGGCGUCAAAGAAAAUCCUGCAGUUUAUCGCGGUGACCACAGGUCGCAAGCCACAGGUCGAAUCGGUCAAGGAAAAACUGUUGCAGUCGACACCGUUGCUCGAAGCGUUCGGCAAUGCCAAAACCGUGCGCAAUGACAACUCAAGCCGCUUUGGAAAAUACAUGGACAUCAUUUUCAAUUACUUGGGUGACCCUGUUGGCGGAAGUCUGCUCAACUACCUGCUGGAAAAAUCGCGGGUGGUCAUGCAGGCGCCGGGCGAGCGCAAUUUCCACAUUUUCUACCAGCUGCUGUCAAGUGCCGACACACAUUUGCUGGACAAAUUGCACCUCUCGCCCAACACCUAUUAUCAUUACCUCAACACCAGCAUUGUGGCCAUUAAGGACAAUGAGAUUGACGACGUGGGUCAGUUCAGAGUGGUGAAGCGCGCCAUGGACGUGAUCGAUUUGUCCAAAGAAGAGCAGGAAAACAUUUUCACCCUGGUCGCCAGCAUUUUGCACCUGGGAAAUGUCGGUUUCACGGAAACCGACAAAGGAACCGCCAGCGUCAACUCGCCAGAAACAAUUUCCACCAUCGCCAAGUUGUUGGGGUGCGACGCGGACGCCCUGACGCACGCCCUGCAGCAGAAGACCAUCGAAGCCAAGGGCGAAACCGUGACCACCCCUUUGAACAGGGAAUUCGCCGUGUUCGCCAGGGACGCCCUGGCCAAGGCAAUCUACGAUCGCAUGUUCACCUGGUUGGUGCGCAGACUGAACGACUCGCUAACACCAACUGAAGAGGUCACCAAGACCAAGGUCAUGGGAAUCCUGGACAUUUACGGAUUUGAGAUUUUCGGCAAGAAUUGUUUCGAGCAAUUCUGCAUCAAUUACUGCAACGAGAAGCUGCAGCAGUUGUUCAUUGAGUUGACCCUCAAGUCUGAGCAGGAGGAGUACUUCCGAGAGGGCAUCGAGUGGGUGCCGGUGCAGUAUUUUGACAACAAGGUCAUCUGCAACCUCAUUGAAGAGCGCCACAAAGGGAUAAUUUCGUACUUGGACGAGGAGUGCCUUCGCCCUGGUGACACCAGUGACCUUGGUUUCCUGAACAAAAUGAACAUCCAUCUUGCUAAUCACAAGCACUACAUCAGCUACAGCAAGACUGAAAAGAAGUUGUUGCUACAGACUGCCCGAGAUGAAUUCCAACUGGUGCACUAUGCUGGCAAAGUGACCUACAGCGUUCACGGGUUUGUUGAAAAGAACAACGACCUGCUGUUCCGCAACCUGAUCGAGGUCAUGGCUAAAACGGACAACGCUAUCACCAAGUCCGUCUUCACCCUGAAGGAAUUGGAGAGCAAGAAGAGGCCCGAGACGGCAGCCUCACAGUUCAAGAAGAGUUUGGCCAACCUGAUGCAGAUUUUGAUCAGCAAAGACCCGUCCUACGUGCGCUGCAUCAAACCCAACAAUGAGCAAACUUGUGGCAUUUUUGACGAGGAAUUGGUUCGGCACCAAGUGAAGUACCUUGGCCUGAUGGAAAACCUGCGAGUGCGAAGAGCAGGGUUUGCCUACAGAAGGUCGUACGAGUUGUUCCUCAAAAGGUACAAGUGCCUGUGCCCUAGCACGUGGCCUACCUACAACGGCUCGGCCAGGGACGGAGUUGCUCUGCUCGUCCAACACUUACGGUUCGAGAAGUACGAGUUCAGCAUGGGAAAGACCAAGAUAUUCAUCCGCUACCCCAAAACCCUCUUCCUAACGGAGGAUGCGUUCCAAAUGAAGAAGAAUGACAUCGCCAAGCUAAUCCAGAGAAAGUAUAGGGUGUACAUCGCUAGAAAGCGUUUCCUGAAAAUGCGGUGGGCCGCCAUUGUGAUGCAGAAAAAUAUCAGACGGUUUUUGGCCAAACGAGAGGUCAGAAGAAGAUUGGUGGCUGUCGAGGUUCUCAGAAGACUGCUGAAGGGCUUCAUCACAAGGGCUGGGGAGCCAACUGAUGACAACAUUGCCUUCAUCCAGCUGUCAAAGAUCAACUACCUGAACCGAUUGGCCAAGAAUCUGCCAACCUCGCUGAUAGACAGAAGGUGGCUUCCCUGUCCGAGUCCUUGCCGAGAAGCCUCCCUUGUCCUGCACAGACUUUACAGAGGGCAGCAAGCUAGGAAGUACCGCCAAGCACUAUCCCCAGAGAAGAAGCGGCAAUAUGAGCUCAAAGUCUUGGCCGAACGCCUCUUCCAAAGAAAGAAAAAGAGUUACCCGAGCUCAUUCCCAGUGCCCUUCACCGAAGCCAGAAUUUCCAAUGAGCUAAAACAGCACAAAACUCAAUACGAGACAAACCAACUUGUUCCCGGAGAAAAGCUUUUGUACUGCACCGCAAUCACAAAAUACGACCGACACGGCUAUUCGCCCAGGGAUCGAGUCCUCCUCCUGACAAACAAGGCCAUCCACAUUGUGGACACAAGAGGCUUCAAGGUCAAGCACAAACUGUCUCUGGACAGCAUCAUCGAGCUUGUGGUCACGUCCGAGUCGGACGGACUCUUGAUUGUCAGAAUCCCGCUCGACCUCAAGAAAGACAAGGGAGACCUGAUUCUGAAAUGUGAAAAUGUGAUCGAGUGCGUCACUUUCAUCAUCGAUACCACCAAGAAGGCAAAUGCCCUGAAGAUUACAAACACACCUACAAUUUCCCAUCACAUGAUUGGAGGCAAGGAAGGCCAGAUUGAAGUCACCACAGGACCAGAAUUGAGCUUCGGAAAAAACAAAAUGGGCCAAUUAGUGGUAACCGUGAACUAGUCAGAAGAUAAAUUAUCAAGCAACGCCAUAUUUAAAGGAGCCAUAUUGAAGAUCAAGAAUUUUUCUGUCACAAAUUUGUUAAAAUUUUUAUCGUGAUUUAUAUAUUUUCACUAAUAAAAUAUUGAUAGUUUUAAAUCAAA